ACCUGCCUAACAUCAGAAUGCGCCAGUUCCAUUCCUCCUCACGUAACAAUGUUACGAUGCAUUUCGUGCCGGUACGAUAAAUCUCGGAAUCACACACCUGAACAGUUAGUCUAUGGCGAAUGUCAUUGUUUGGGGCUUGUUUCACGCUAAACGCGUAUGUUUACUUUUCGGUAGCUGCUCGAACCCCAAACAAACGUGGUUUACGCUUUCCAAUCGCAAUCGACGCCGUCUAUUGCGGAUGCGACACACCGCCAGACAUGCCCGGAGUUCCUCGGAAUGAACUGCUGACCUAGACGGGUUAGCGUUCAAUUAACAAAAAUAACAACAACAACAACAACAACAUCAACGAAAACAACAAAACAUGAUACUGUCCAUGCUGGUGUUCGGUGGGGCGUCACUGCUGCUGGCGAACGGAAGUAAGGUGUCCUGGCCAGCGCUGGAGAUCAAAUCGAACGAUUUCUUCGAACCGUUGAUGAGUUCGUUUUCCAAGUAUCCAUUCCAUGACAUCUACGAAACUCCACCGUCACCAGAAAUGCUUCUGCCGCACAAUCGCAGUCCGGCACCGAAAACUUUUCGCGAAUGGUCGAAAUCGCUAGCGCUGGACAAAAUCGAGGACACUGCAGAGGGCCGUGCCCGGUUGUGCGAGUUCCUAUCACUGUUUCCGAUCGGACGAGACGAGAAGUUCCCCGGCCGAAGAAGAUUCUUGCCGCUUAAAUUGCGCCGGUUGCUGAAGUAUUGCAGAAGUAAUUGAGAUGUGACUGACAGCAGCGCCAAGAUGAUGUGUUCUAGCCGUGAGAUGUAGAGGCGCUGCCGAACAAACGCGAAUGGAAGAAAAAUAAACUCGUGAGCUUUCUUGUAUACGUUGAGUGCGAUGUUGCGUAGAAGUUGUAUUGAAAGGUUUGUAACCAAGUUUAGGAUAAACUGAAAGUAAAUAAUUUCAUUAUAAAAAUACACCAAAAUAUCUUUCUAAACGGGGUUUCUUGUUGAAUGCCAAUUGUUGAUGUGGGGAUUCUACAAAACUAAUAAAUAUGUUAAGCA